AUGGAAACAAGAUCCGCUGCCAAGAAAAGAAAGCUCCUCAUUUUAUACAACCAGAAGGAUCAAGUUGACGACGACGACGAAAGCGAGAAGAGCAACAGAAGCAGAAGCAUUGACCGCAUCAGUGACCUCCCAGAUGCCGUUCUCCACCACAUCCUCUUCCUCCUACCCAUCAAAAACGUCGCCCAAACCAGCGUCUUGUCCAAACGAUGGCGUUCUAUCUGGUCCUCGUUCCCGGACCUCGACUUCACCACCCUCACUCGACCCCCCACAAAGCCACAUUCUUCUUCUUCAUCAAAAUCGCUCUUUCAGAAUUCCAAAGAAACAGACUUCAUCACGCAAGUCCUGACUCUCCGCGAUAAGCACUCCGAUAUUCGGAUCCUUCGGUUCGGUUCCCGGUUGAGCUUCUCCCGUCUCAAUGGCCUGAUCCGCCUGGCCAUCCGGCGCAAUGUGCAGGAACUGGACGUGGAGGUUGCCACAGAGGAUUAUUUCAACUUUCCUAGAUGCGUCAUUGCCAGCGACUCUCUCCGCAUUUUCAAGUUGAAAUCGCGCUACCCAGGCUUCAGAUUGCCCCCUUCAUCUGUGAUGACGAGCGGAUUCAAAUCCCUCCACUCGUUGUCGCUUUCACGCAUUGUCUUAUACAACCAGCCUUCUCUCUGCGACAUGUUCGGAGAGUCUGCUUUCCCUAUGCUCAAGAAACUGAGCUUGGACGCUUGUUUCGGGUUGAAGUACCUUCGGAUUGGGUGCAGGGCGCUUGAGGAUUUGACCCUGGAGAACUGCUUUCAGUUACAAGGGUUGGAUGUUUUGGGUGGGAAGUUGGAGAGGUUGAGAAUUGUGAGGUGUUUUGAUGCUUAUGCUGAUAAGAGUUGGGUGAAGAUUGGUGGUCCAAGAAUUAGAAUUAUUCUUUGGGAAAACAAUGCUAUCACUGAUAGCUCUUCUCUGGACAAUUUGAGCUCUCUGCAAGAGGCCUCCAUUGGUUUCUUUUUGCUCCAGGAAGAUAUUAGUGUGGCCAAGCUUCAGAGUGUGUCCAACCUUUUUAUGGGACUCUAUCAUGCCCAUUGCUUGACACUCGAUACGCAGUGUAUUGAGAUUCUGUCAAACAGUAAUUACUUUGCGGUUUAUCUGCAUCCAUUCAACAAUCUCAAGUCUUUGGAGUUGCAUACGGGUUUCAACAAGAACAAUGUCCCUGGAUUGGCUUGCAUAUUCAGGAGCUCUCCCAUGCUUCACACUCUGACCCUCAAUAUUAUUAACGAUUACAAGAUUGAAAGGAGACAAUGGAAUAAGGAUUUGUGGGAAAUGUCCAAUUCUGAGGAAGAAAAAUUCUGGGAAUCGCAAACGCAAGCCUUGAGGUCGUUUUUACAAAACCUUACGGUAGUAAAGAUCCAGGGGUUUUUAGAGUGCGAGAAUGAAGUGAGUCUAGCAAAGUUCUUGCUGAAGCAUGGAAAGGCCUUGCAGGAAAUGAUUCUGUGCACAGGACACUGCAAAGCUAGAUAUUCUCUCCAGCGACAAAAGAUUAGGUCACAGAUGAUGGGAUUCUCUUGGGCUUCUUCUAAUGCCAAAAUUGCAUUUCACUAA